UGGCAUAGAUUCAUGAUCCUCGGAGAAUCCACAGUCAUUUUUGAAACCAGCCGGAGAGCGAAUUAUUUGCUUCACCUCUUCAAGGGCAAGCGGACGUAGAGAGAAUCUAGUGGGUAAAGACGUCGUCGGGAUUUCCCAAGUCUUUACGUACUGGCGCACCGGCACUUGCAUUUGGGUGUUUCAAAACUACUUGCCACCGGCCGCCUUCGGCGGCCAUGCGCUCGCAAGAGUCUGCCGCAAUCUGCCGCGGUCACGCUGAAAUCUGUGAAAGCCUUGCGAAAGCGGUGGGUUGCGUUGCAUCCGGUGCUUCCUUCUCCGGACUCGUGAUUUUCUAUGGACUCACACAGACCCUUUCUUGCGUACCCCUUCGGGGGGCCGGGGGGCAAGGUCCCCGUGAGGUUAACGAACGAACGAACGUGUUUGUGAAUCUGUGUUUGUUCCACCGACCCGAACACAAAAAAAAACUUCCCGCUCAUUCCGACACACGAAAAAGCUUCCUCCUGUUCAUUCCGGGAUCAGCGCUCCAAAAUGCCAGCUCACCUCCUCACGCAUCUGUCUGUAUUCGUUUUGGGGUGAAGAACUGCGCGAAACGCUUUCAGUAGCUCGCACAGCUGUGCGCAGAAGAUUGCGUGGUCCAAGCAGAAAAAAGAAAAGACCAGAUCGUUGUGAGACCUGAAGAUGGGGCGAAUGUACGGGAAGAGCAAGGGCAUCAGCAAGUCGGCGCUUCCGUAUCGCCGUCGUGCACCGAGCUGGCAGAAGAUGAAGCCAGAGGAGCUCACCGACCAAGUGUGCAAGCUCGCCAAGAAGGGCCAGACGCCGUCGCAAAUCGGUGUUUUCUUGAGGGACAGCAAGGGCAUCCCGCAGGUUAAGGCCAUCAGCGGCAACAAGAUCCUCCGAAUCCUCAAGAUGAACGGUAGGGGGAGCAGGGGGGAAGAAGGGAGGACGGGAGGCAAGCAGGGAGGGAGCGAGGCACGCUCCACUGAGUCCUUGUGUGGUGCGUCAGGUCUGGCUCCCGAGCUGCCCGAGGAUCUGUACCACAUGAUCAAGAAGGCUGUGGCGAUGCGCAAGCACAUUGAGCGCAACAGGAGCGACAACGACAGCAAAUUCCGCCUCAUCCUCGUCGAGUCCCGCAUCCACCGCCUGGCGAGGUACUACAAGCGCGUCAAGCAACUCCCGCCCAACUGGAAAUAGUAAGGCACCAAGUGCAUACACAAGACAGCGCCUGAUGUGCACUGCUUCUGUGCAGCUCAUCGUCAACUGCCUCUGCAAUGGUGGCGUGAGCCAUGGAGGGUGGAUGCGUCGUGGCUCGGUGCGGCUGAAGCGGAGAAUUUCCAAGCCUACAGGAUGUGUGCGAG